CUGUCUCCAAUCUAGAUGAAGAGAGUAGAUGGACGGUCCAUUACACUGCCCCCUGGCAUCAGCAGGAGAAUGUGUUUCUACCCUCCACAAGACCACCAUGCGUGGAAGAUCUGCACCGUCAAGCCAAGCUGAAUCUGAAAUCAGUACUAAGAGAAUGUGACAAGCUCCGGAGAGAUGGCUACCGAAGUUCUCAGUACUAUUCUCAGGGUCCAACCUUUUCCUCCUCUUCCAGUGCAAUCUGUGGAAAUUACCAAGAUGACUAUGAAGAAGUUGAACGAAAGUGUUCAACGCCUACUCCUGAAGAGGAAAAACUUAUUAGCAUCAAGAGACCCAAAACACCAGUUUCAAAUGAGUUAUCUGAUAUCAACACUCAAACAAAUUGGACCAAAUCCCUCCCAUUACCAACACCAGAAGAGAAAAUGCGACAGCAGGCGCAAGCAGUCCAAACUGAUGUUAUACCUAUUAAUGUUACAGUUGGCAGUGUUCAGAAUGACUUUCGUAGCCAUUCCUUGUGUGUCCCAGAUCACUAUUCCACCCUAGGAAGGCUUGAUAGCUGUCGUUCUCCCAUGCUGAGAUCUGAGACCAAAGACUCUAGUUGUCAGACAGAGGAAGUGAAAGUGGUGCCACCUUCAGUGAGGCGAAUCCGUGCACAGAAAGGACAAGGAAUUGCUGCCCAGAUGUCUCAGUUGUCCAGCUCCUCUGGAAACAUGUCUGUGAUGAGUGAUUCUGCAGGAGUCGUAUUUGCCUCUCGGCUAAACACUGACCUGGGUUUUCACAGUCUACCUCGUUCGGGAGCAAGGGUUUCCUUGCACGUACUGGAACGGAGGCAUAGCAUCUCCAAGUCAACAGAAAACGGAACUGUGUCCUACCAGAUAAGCAAAUUGCAAGUGGACGAUAGUGCGAUUCCUAUGAGGAACAGUAGUAAGACAGGAAUGCUUCAAAGGCCGAAAUCUCAAGAGGUAAAGAGUUUCGAGAGUGAACUGGAAGAAAGCCCAGCAGACGUGGUCUCUGCACAUGCUACAUACUCAACCCAUCUCAUACCAAAUGCUGCCCUACCAGCCUCUUCAGAGGUGAUUGCUAUUCAUACUACACCGAGUGCUCGAUCACCAGAUAAUAGAAACACCAACUCAUCUUCAUAUACAAAACCAAGAGACAAUCUUACUGCCAACUGCAUGGUAAGCACAAAAGAUCAACACCCUUCCUCUAGCAGCUGGAACAAGACCAGUUCUGCCCAGAACUCACAGUCCCUGGACACUAUCUCAUCAAAUCCUAUGGUAGUGCUUGCUAUAGGAGAUUCCGGUGUGUCACUUAGUGGUGCAGUAGGUAUGGAGAAUGGGUCCCAAAAUAUCACCUACAGCUUUAGGAAUAAUUUCAGCCCAAGUCAUUCUCAAAACAGUGAUAUUAGGAGUGAGUCCAGUUACUCAGUGGAUAAAACACAGGGCAUAGGUCAGGGCAGCAUGAGGCAUUGCGAGUUCAAAUCUACAGGAAACGAAGAGGUAGCCUUACACAAGCCAAAUUGUGCCACUCCAGGAUGCACCACACCCGUGAGCAAUGUGAGUACAAAUAGCCUUGAACAAGUCUCAGCCAAAGAAGACUCAAGCUCUUUGUAUUCAGUGGACCAUGAUGGCUAUUACACUUCCAUGCAUAUGGAUUCAGGUCUGAAGUCUGGUAAAAAUUGCAUUAAUAAUAAUGGCUUUGGAAACCCCAGGCACAGUGUUAUUAAUGUGUUUGAUGGAAUUGAAAAGAGAUCACUGGGGGACUUGUCAAACUGCAAUGACAAAUCCCUCUCACGGAGCAUAUCCUUGAAAAAAGCAAAGAAACCACCUCUGCCACCCUCCAGAACGGACUCUCUCAGAAGGAUCCCCAAGAAGAAAGCUCAGUCCAGUGGACAAGUUCUGGAUGACAAGCUAAUCGCGAGCCUCCAGCACUCCCUGCAAUUGAACCUUAAGUGUAAAAAUGGUGGCUCCCCAUCUCAAAGCCCCUGCAGCGAUUAUGAUGACCCAUGGGUGCUGCGCUCUCGUAGCCAGAGCUCUGUGAGUGCCAGCAGCAGUGUGAUGUCUGCCACAGGCAUGAACAUGUACUCCAUCUGUGCCGUCACACCUUCCCAGAGCGAGACGAGCAGCAUCAAGUCAGAGUAUGCUGACCAAUGGGGUUACUAUAGCGACUGCCCGGGGAUACAGGACGAUCGGUUAAGAUCUCCAGUAGUUCAUUCUGCACCCAAGCUGAAUGAUUAUAGCAUCAACCGCCUCAGUGAUGGAUCACGUAUUUCUGUACCACAAGUGCCCAGUGGGAUGGCCAAACCGAAGAGCACUUCUCCUGAAAAGUCUCAUAGGGUUACAUCACCAUCUAGUGGUUAUUCCAGCCAAUCCAAUACACCCACUGCACUUACACCUGUGCCUGUUGUUUUAAAAUCUCUGUCAACAGGAAAUGGGAAGCCCAAGGUGAAGCCUAAAGUGCCUGAAAGAAAGUCAUCCCUAUUGUCUUCUGUUUCAGUAUCUUCCUCUUCCACAUCCCUUUCGUCCAAUACUUCUACUGAAGGGAAUAUGAGUGUAAAGAAACCAGACCCUGCAUUUUCCUUCCCUCUAAUCACUCCUUCUCCAUUAAUGUCUCCAGAUUCUGCUGACCGUCUUCUUCCUCCCCCUCCUCCCCCCUUAACAGAUGUCAUGGAUCAAUCCCACCGAUCAGCAUCUCCCAGUUUCCCACCACCUCCACCAGAAACAAUUGUGCAUGCCUCUUUUUCUCAGAGUGAUCCAUGGUUUCAUUUUUCACCUCAAGAUGAAUCAGUCGAUCGUUCCUCUCCCUUGUCGCCUCCCAUUCCAUCUCCUCCUCCCCUUCCCUCUUCAGUUCCUCCACCAGCACCCCCUCUGGACCCAAAGUUUGCAAAAGGUGCAUAUAAAGACACACUUUUCAAGAAAUAUAACCCAGACGGUACUUCUUGUAGCACAAGGGCACAGCCAUUCAGUAAAGAAGAUUCCAGUAAGCCUACAAUGCCUCUAGUAACCACCGAAGCACUGCAAAUGGUACAGCUGAGGUCUGUGAAGAAAGCUAUGAGGUCAGAGGUUGGCCAGCCAGCCGAAACUACUUCUGAAACCAGUCCUCAGGAAAAAAUUACUGAAGUUUUUUCAGCACUGUCACCUUUAAAACCAUGUGUGUCAGUAGAACACAACAGUCAGGAUAAAGGUGCGAUGAAAAUCCACGGUGCUUCUGACAAGAGUUUUGUUUACAGUCCUGGCCAGGGAUCAUGUAGCAACACCCCUGAACUUGCCAGUGGCAAAAUGUCUGGAAGUGAAGCCAGUGUAGCUCAGUCCUUUGCCAGUGAUUUAUUACCAGUCAGUGUUGAAGAAGCACUAUUGCAGCAGGAAGGUUCUCACUCGGAUCUUGAAAGUUUGCCUCUUCAGGGGCAGUUGGAAUCACCCAGCAAGCCUCAGGGUAUAUUGCCAAACAAGAAGCCACCACCUGUUUCAAAGAAGCCCAAACUGUUCCUGAUUGUGCCACCCCCACAGCCCGAUGUUGCUGCAGAAAAAAUAGCUGAAGUGGGAGAAACAGUCAGAAGCACUCCAAGUCUGCCUACAAGGGAUGCUGCAAUUGCACAGUUCAGCCUGGCUAAGGAUUAUCCCGCAGAUGGACUCUGUUCCUACGAAAUGGACUCUGGCAACCUGGGUCCAGGAGGAGGAGCUGCAGGUUCCACCUUGUGCGAAGCAGAGGAAACCAAUGUCUCGUCACUGCAGCCAAAGCAGGAGGAGCUGUCUGGCUUGUGUGAAGGAAGCAGUUCUGACAGAAAUGGAGAUAGCAUCACUAGAACAGAUGGACAGCCGUCUCCAGGGGAUGAAAGUGCCGAGGUGUUUGACUCAGAUGCAGCCAACAGCUUUUUCCUGCAAAGCCUCAGUUAUGGGGAAGGUAGUGAUGCUGUGGCCAUGCCAGCUAGACCAAGAACGACUGAGGAUCUUUUUGCAGCCAUUCACAGAUCCAAAAGGAAAAUCCUUGGCCGCAAAGACUCUGAUGAUGACCGUGCUCGAAAUCAUUCUCCAUCACCUCCAGUUACACCCACUGGUACUUCCCCAAAUCUGGCUUCCCUCAAGCAGGCAGGAUCAAUUCAGAGAAAUAUCCGCAAAAGUAGCACCAGCAAUGACAAUUUCAAAGCACUGUUGCUUAAAAAGGGGAGUCGAUCAGAUACCAGCUCUCGCAUGUCUGCUGCAGAGAUGCUAAAGAAUACAGACCCACGAUUUCAAAGAGCCAAGGUAGAUUCUCCUUGGGACCUUUCUGAAAAUAGUAUGAACUGUUCUCCUACCAAGACCAGGCGGGCCCAGGAAGAGUGGGCCAAGAGUGAAGGCCUCAUGCCAAGGAGUCUGUCUUUUUCUAGCACCCGGUAUAGCCGAUCUCGAACCCCACCGUCUGCCGCAAGCAGCAAAUACAAUGUUCGAAACCGGAUCCAGAGUAGCCCCAUGACUGUUAUCAGUGAGGGAGAUGUGGAAGCAGUUGAGCCUUCAGAGAGCAGGACUCAUAGGACUUCCGAGGGGUCACUCGAUGUGUUUAACAUUGAUGAAGUUGACAUUGAUGAAGAGGCCCACUCCAGUGAGAAAACCACAACUUACCCAGCGUUAAUAACUUAACUGAGAACACUGGAUCCUUUAAGGAUAUCUGUAUGCCCACCAGCUGAAAAAAAUAAUUCAGUGAGGAUUCAGAAGUAAGACGCUAUGGCGUUAGACUUCCAAAAGGAAUAUGAAAUAAGCCAGGCCUAGGAGAGAGCCUAAAUCAUUACCACUUACAUUGGGAAGCAUUUAACGUGUGCUCAUCUGUGGCAGCUGCAGCACCAAUCUCUCCAUGGCUUGGUUGGAUGGGGAUUGUGACGAAAUAAAAUUAAACUUAA